GCACUGCCUGAAUGAGCUAUGGAAAAGAUGAAUUAUAAAACUUUAUGUUAAAAUCCGAGAACACAAGGUUGAGAGUUUUCUAGAACUCGCCCCAUGGCCAUCGUCGACCUACUUGUCGUGGCAUGUGUUUUAUUUCACGGAAAUGUUGUGGGGAACACACAAAACGACGCAAAAAGCCAGAGUUACAAAGAAAGUCGUUUAGACAAAUUAUUGGAUGAAAUAAUUGGCGAGAUUCCUUCGACGGACACCAACAACUUUUUUACACAAAUCUUGAGAAAAGGGAAGCGAGAAAAGCACUUGACAAUCUCACCGCGAAGUUUUCAGCAUUCCACAAAGAAGUCGGUGGAGACUGUACAUGAAGAAGAGAAAGACAGCACAGAGAUAUCGUUAGCUCUAUCGUCACCAAAUGUUUACUUUGUUAACUUAGGAUCAAAAGCGGAACGAACCACGGAUGAAAAGCAAGAAUACGAAAAUGCGAAGCGAUUCAACAUUCCACAAUGGAAAGCAACUGGUAAAGCUGAGAGGGCAGUUGAAGUGCCUAACUAUUCGGUCUCUACCGAUGAUACCGCCUCAACAGAAAUUCGUGUGAAACGCCAAACAAACGAACUGCCUACGGUAGCUACUUUUCCACAAAAUACUAUCGAAAGUUCGUCAGCUCCGGAGAAAAACACUAGAGAAGUUAUAGCGAUGGUACCCGUAGCAAUAGAGGCACCCUUGCUUUCGUCAUCAUCUGUUGCAUUACUCUCACAGGGUAAGUCUUUGCUGUAAAAGUAAUUUUUGAGCGUAGUGGUCAUUAUACUUUUCAAUUCGAGUUGUCAGAUGACAGACGGCCAUACCAGAAUGAGACGGUGACGAUAAAUUUCAAUACAAAAAGAAAUUGAGCUGCCUGUAACGAAUUUAAAUAGUUACCAAACAACAUCUAAACGACGUUGGAGACCAACGUCAGUAUCAGAACAAAAUCGUUUUAACGAUACAGGAUUGGUACGAAAACUAUACGUUGUCGUGCUGUACGGAAAAUGAAAAUGAAGCUUUUUACAAGAAAUCAUAGCAUGCAAGCUUCAUGCAUACCUGUUGAAACGCUCCAGAAAGAAUUUAAGUGUCGUUGAACGAACAGCAAACUGGUUUUGUUGAUGGCGAGAAUUGUUACUAUACAUAUCUAACAGUCAAGUGAGAUUACUAUUUAUUUCCUUUGCUGUUACACAGUCUCAUUUUGAAUAUAACUAAAUAAUUAAGAACAUAUUGACUAUUUUCAUACAAUUUCAUUCAUAUAAAUUUAUUGGCUGGCCAUUGUGGAAACUAUGUCUUGUACACAUGAGAUAGUUUCUAUUCAUAACAUCACGACAAACGAUGAAUGGGUGCGGCAUAACACCUCUGGGCGUGGCUGCUUCACUCAACAAUAAUGACAUACUUUCCACAAGGGUCGGCCACUGCAAGUUGAUUUUGCAGUGUAAGGACAAGGCAAAAUCUGCCAGUAAAUACAGGUCCUGUUUGGACAGCAGAGCAUCAACAUGCAGCUCUGACUAAGUCAACCUGAUUGAUUAUUUUUUGAAUAAUAUUUUUUCAUAAAUAAGUUGGCAUUUUGUUUCGUUCCCGAUCAAUCAAACAAGUGAAUAAUUUGAAUUUGAGUAUCCCCAUGCACAGUGACACUACAGCGAUGCAAUUAUUCACUUGGACGAAAAAUGUUCCCAAUGAUCACUUUCUUUAUGGAAACCAUGUACAUACCUUCAUAACAACUGGAAACCCUGUACAUAACUUCAUAUCAACACCUACCUUUUGGAAAUUGAUAUUUAUAAUUUGAA